UGACAGACAAAGCUGUGCAAAACAGCGGCGAUAGCAAAGAAGGCUAGAUAGCUAACCGAACAAAUACAUGUCUCACUCGUCCAGAAUAGCUUAUCUAAUAUUUAUUCACAUCCAUAAUGAUGCGCGGCUUAUACAAUUGUAAACGAGGUUGUUUUAAGAUUGAGUAAAUGUCUACUAGCCAGUUAAGGCGGGAGCGUACUGUACAAAUCUAACUUUAGUGGAAUUCCAAGCUUCACAGCCAACAUCAUCGACGACGACGUAAAAAAAUAAACAAACACACAACAAUAUUGAACAUAGCUAAAUAUCAGCAGCAUGGAUACGAAUGUGCAGAAGAGACGUGAGAACAAGAAAUCACUGCGUGUAAAAGUGAUCAGCCUUGGCAAUGCCGAGGUGGGCAAGAGCUGCAUCAUCAAGCGAUACUGUGAGAAGAGGUUUGUGCCCAAGUAUCUGGCCACCAUAGGGAUUGACUAUGGGGUCACCAAAGUCCAGGUGCGUGACAGGGAGAUCAAAGUGAACAUCUUUGACAUGGCAGGACACCCAUUCUUCUACGAGGUUCGUAAUGAGUUCUAUAAGGACAGCCAGGGAGUGGUGUUGGUGUACGACGUAGGUCUGAGAGAGAGUUUUGAUGCGCUGGACAACUGGCUGAGUGAGAUGAAACAGGAGAUGGGUUCCCAGGCUAACAUGGAGAGCAUCGUUUUUGUCGUCUGUGCCAACAAGGUGGACCUGACUAAGCGUCGUGUGGUAGACGAGGGAGAGGGUAGGCUGUGGGCGGAGUCAAGAGGGUUCCACUACUUUGAGACAUCAGCACAGAGCGGAGAGGGUAUCAGUGAGAUGUUUCAGGCGUUUUUCUCCUCCAUAACGGACAUGUGUGAGAACGGCGGGAAGCGCCCGGUGGCAGAGGUCAGUGUCGGCUUCACCAAGGAGCAGGCCGACACCAUCCGACGCAUACGGAACAGCAAGGACUCCUGGGAUAUGCUGGGGGUCAAACCUGGAGCCACACGGGAGGAGGUUAACAAGGCUUACAGGAAGCUGGCUGUGCUGCUCCAUCCAGAUAAGUGCGUUGCCCCGGGCAGCGAGGAUGCUUUCAAGGCCGUGGUGAAUGCUCGCACCUCCCUGCUCAAGAACAUCAAGUAGACGCCAGCUAGGGACUGCUCACCCUGACCCCUAACCCCUCGUCAUGUUUCCUCGUCUAAUACCACCUCACCUUCAGAACAUCAUCAGCUUCUCUACCCACUCCCAAACCCCAAAACCAACCCUUCCCCCUUCUCUGCUCUCCAUCCCUCCCACCCCCCUCCUCUCACACCAGAUGCCAUGACAUUUUGCUACAACAGAGUUUUAUAAAGUCACUACUGAUGAUGUGCCACAGCAACUCAGUCUCUCUGUACGGAAGACUAUCAAUGCUUUACACUGUAGUCUUUCACACACUUGAGAGAGAAGUCACUGGAAGACUGGGUGUGUCAUCUGCUUGGUCAGUUGUGUUUUCUCUGGUCCAGAGCCUUCAAGCGGCUUGUUGACCUCUCCUGUUUUAAGGAAGGCUCAGCAUCAGCAAGCCACACGUAUCGCCCUGGACAAGAGCUAUAUAUGUGUACACGUAACGCCCUGGACAAGAGCUAUAUAUGUGUAAACAUGAAUGGUUGGUUGUCGUAAGGGGUGGUUGUCAGAAGGGGUGGUUGUCGUAAUGGGUGGUUGUCAGAAGGUGGGUAAUGUGUCUGGGUUGAUGCUUGUGAUCUAAUGAUCUUACUGGGGGUCUCUGACUCUCUGGGCAAGCUGAUCCCGUAGACAUGAACGAGUACAUACUUAUAUCCAUACUUAACCAGUGUCAUACAUCCCUACUCUGCCCUCUGAACAUGCUUACCCCAGCCAGCCCCAUACAGUAGACCUUGUUGGGGUUCAUUCCUUGUUAAUCAUUGGCUCAUUGGUGAAAUUAGCAUUCAGACAAUAUCUUUCAGUAAAUAAUUUAUUCAUUUAUUAAUGCAAUUGCAGACAGGAAGUUGACAAUGGGAACAUGGCACCCAUGUUUCCGAGUAAGUUCUGCAAAAUAGAAAAGGUCUCAAGUUGCUUUUAUCAUGCUUGUAGUCAACCCCCUGUGAUGUAACUGCCUACGUCAUUACCUUCUACUCAUGAGACCAAAACCAUGCCCACACAGCUAUAUAAACAAGAGUUUUAGUGUUAUCUAAAAGCUUAGCAGUAAAUGUCCAAGUUGAUUUAUAGUGGAAUGUCUGACACAUCUCUUAUCUCUUGCACAACCCUACAGAGUUCUGUCUUCACAGUCACACAUUUCUCAGACAGUUUCUUUAUAAGACGCAGAGAUUAGAAAAGACUGUGGAACAAUAUUAAACCUCUAUAAUGAAUAUAUAUUGUUAAUCUGUAGUCUAGGACCCUAUAAAUGUAAGGAGGGAGUCUUAUAACCCCUCCCCUUCUAUUAAUACAACAUAAGCAUAAUCAAUUAUUAUAAUACAUCAAACAUUUGGUACAGCCCCUAUCAUGACCCCUAGGUGAACCCCUGACAACCUCAGUGUACAUACAUAUAGCAGAUGCACUGAGGGGUAUGAAAACUAGCAGAGAUGGGGAAACUACAACACACUAACCUCUAAGCAAGUGUCAUCCUGGCUCUAGAGGGUCAUACGUACAGUACCAGUCAAAAGGUGGGACACACUUACUCAUUCAAGAUUUUUUUUAAACGUAAAAAAAAAUCUAUAUAUAUUUUCUACAUCAUAGA